UAUGCAGCGAAAGAUCGAAAAGCUGAGGACAAGAAUAAGGACAGGAAAGUCGUGUGCAAAAGUUGGCGACUGUAACAACAAGAUGAGGGCAGGAUGGACAGUACAUUUAGAAACAGGAUGUAAGCGAGAAGAAAAGGAAGAGACCCAAGCAGAUAGGGAAGAAAAAGUAGUAAUAGAGAGAGAUAGAAAGACAGAGAGGCAGAAAGGUCGAGAGGAGUAGUCAGAAAAGGGGAUAGCCAGAUUUUAGCAUCGUUUUAUUAUGCGG